GCACGCGCGACUAACGGUUCGCUGGAAAAGUGGUGGAAAACCCCUGCGGAAAAACUAGACAGAAAAGCAACGAGCACUAGCACCGCCAGCCAUUCCAUUUACUGCUCGGAUCCACAGCCGCAGUAACUCGUCGCUCAUCCUCGGAAGGAAUAAAACAGAUCCUGCAUUCUGCAUUCUGCAUCCAGUUCCCAUAAUCCUGCCCCCGGAUGGCCUGAAAAGAGUCAACCAUUUCGUCACCCCUCCCGUUGACAGCCGCCGCCGGGAGCAGACAGCAUUCCGCUCAUCUCACCAUGACAGAAGCCGCCUCAGCCCCAGCCUCAGAUGCUCCCGCUAAGUGGGGCACCGUCACAAGGCAGACGCCCCAAAAAUAGACCCCUCAUCGGAACCGUGGAGCAGGGGGAGAUGCCGCCCAGCAGCACGGUGCUGCAAAUGCCGCCGGCUCCGUCGUCGUCCAAAUCCGGACUGGUGCUGGGCGUCUGCUGUGACCAGCUGAUGGCGGUGCACCCAGUGCAGCGGGCAUCCGGAGCAGCAGCAGCAGUAGCAGCCAAGAGCAGUUCCCCGGAUUGGGGGAAUCAGGGGGCGAAACAUCUUGAAGGGGCUGUCACGACUAGCAAGUGGAUUCCGCCCUUUUUCAUUAUCCUCGCCACGCUCCUCGAGAUUCUCGUGUUCCUGUGGGUGGGUGCUGAUCCACCCGAGGAUUCUCUGCUGGUGUAUCGUCCUGACCAGCGCCUCCAGCUCUGGAGAUUCCUCAGCUAUGCCCUGCUCCACGCCAGUUGGCUGCAUCUGGGAUACAACGUGCUCACCCAGCUCCUAUUUGGUGUGCCCUUGGAGCUGGUACAUGGAUCGCUGAGAACGGGGAUCAUUUACAUGGCCGGAGUUUUGGCUGGCUCUUUGGGUACUUCGGUGGUGGACUCGGAGGUCUACCUGCUGGGAGCCAGUGGGGGAGUGUAUGCCUUGCUGGCCGCCCAACUGGCGAGUCUUUUGCUCAACUUUGGUCAGAUGCGACACGGCGUUUUCCAGCUCAUGGCUGUGAUUUUGUUCGUUUUUUGCGAUUUGGGGUAUGCCCUCUACUCAAGAGAACUGGCGAUGCAGCAACUGCAGACACGACCCUCGGUCUCCUACAUCGCCCACAUGACCGGAGCUCUGGCCGGGAUCAGUGUGGGUCUGCUGCUCCUCCGCCAGUUGGAUGGUGGGCUGCGACCACGCCCACUCCGCUGGCUGGCCCUGGGCGUAUGGUGCCUAUUCAGCGCCUUCGGAAUCGCCUUCAACCUGGUCAACACGGUGACAGCUCAACUCCUGGCCGAGGAGGAGGGUCAGGUGAUCAGGCAGCACCUGAUGAAGGACCUCGGAAUGGGAUGAUCGCAGGCAGGAGCCAAAGGCUGCAUCCCGCUCACAUACCACACACCUCUAUGUCUCCUCUUAUGCCUUAGUCUAGUCACUAGAUCGUAAGACUUUCCCCAGGACAGUGUGCUCAAAUAACAUUACAUCUGUCGGACAUCCUGGCUCCCACUUCAAGAGGGGAUCGCUCAAAAUACUCGUAGCUCGUAAGUCCCAACAUUUAUCUUAUGCCAAUGCCAAAGGAGUGGAGAAGUUCCUGGCGGGAACCGAGCCUGGCUCACAUCAAAGACUUAGGAUCGCGUUUGGGUUGCCAUCUGAUGGAUGGACUCCUCCAUUGAGUUGCCUACUCAGGCUUAAUGCCAAACCAGAGC